AGCAGAGACUGCAGAGCAAACUCCAGCACUAGUGCGCGCGCGUUGCUGUCCUCAUCCAAACUUACUGGGAUGUCCACAGUCGGGCGAAACAUCGUGAAACUACAGGUUAACAAAGGCCACUGAUCAAAGGGACCCGGACAACAGAGCAAGCCCUGUUCAAAUUCCUGCCGGACUGCAGAGGAUUUUAUAGAGCAUUUUAUUCAUUUCCCCUGGAAUCCCCUGAGGCCUGUGCAAAGAAAAAAAAAGAAAAAAGGAAAAUAAAUGAAUAUAAAAAUGGACAGUUCACGUCUGACAAGAACUCUCCUCCUGGGGUUUGUCAUGGGACUCUGCCUGGGCGUGAGUCUGGGCCAGCGGGACUGUACUGGGGCGGACUGCCCGGCGGUGGAGAACUGCAUCGAGGAGGUCCUGGAGAAGGGGGCCUGCUGCGCCACCUGCCUGAGGCGUGGGUGCGCCUGCGAGGGCUACCAGUACUACGACUGCCUGAACGCGGGCUUUCAGAACGGGAAAGUGCCCGAGGGGGAGUCCUACUUCGUGGACUUCGGCAGCACGGAGUGCUCGUGCCCGCAGGGCGGCGGGCGCAUCGGCUGCCACUUCAUCCCCUGCCCGGACAUCCCGCAGAACUGCAUGGAGGUGUCCACGCCGGCGGACGGCUGCGCGCAGUGCCAGCGCGUCGGCUGCGCCCACCAGGGCCAGAAGUACGAGGCAGGCCACACCUUUCAGAUGAGCGCCUGCGAGGUGUGCCACUGCCCCAACGACGGCGGCAGGCUGAUGUGCUCCCCAGUGCCAGGCUGUGACCCCGCGGAGGUCAAGAAACCCAUGCUGGCCUCCACCACAGAGGACAGUGACAGCGAGGCCCACCCGGGCACCUUCAGUAACUUCCUCCCACUCUACAAAGAGGAUCCCACAGACCCGCCCGCGGAGGAAGACUACUACUACCCACCCGACUUCACCACAGCGGACGCCCAAGACGUGGCCGACCUUGCAGAGCCGACCCCUUCGCCUCCCUCCUUCUCGGACACUCCGUCUCCCCACGACUCCCCUGGAGACAGCGGCAGGCAAGAGCUGAGAGAGGCACUGGGGUCUUACGAAACCAGAAACCAGGUGGAAAGCGUGACAAAGUCUCCCUCUGCUGCUGAUCAGACUACCCCAAGACUCCAGGAGAGAACAACGGCAGCCAGUAGAGCACAGGCCCCAAAGAACCAAGGGCCUUCACGGGAGGCUUCUGAGGGCCAGAGCCGACGACAUGCUGAGACGCAGAGAGGGACCCCCCAAAGGGACCUCCCACGCAGCGCUCACAGCGAGAGGGACGCCAGACACAAGGCUCAGCGUGAGCACAGGGACGGCCACGGCGGUCAGGAAGAGAAGCGCCUCCCAAACUCCCAGCACGGGGACCAACACAAUGCCUUACCCUCAUUGAAAUUCAGCCCGUCCACGCCGCCACCUGUUAACAUGAGAGAGGACCACGGGCAUCCUCCGCGGAGGCAGUCCCAGACGCUGCUCAACUACCACACGGAGGAGAAGCGUGGCGGCCCUUAUUCCCACCAGCAGUCAGCGAAGGAGCUGGUGGAGGCGUGCUGCGAGGCGGGAGAGAAGUGGGCCUCCGUCCACGGCCACUGUUCCAACAUGGCCGCCCUGCACGAGGACACACACUCCAUCUGUUGGUCAGCCCAGAGGCAGUGCUGCCGCGGAGCUUUGAAAGAGAGCAAGUGUUUGGCCGGCGUCACGGCUGCCAAGCAAGGGGACGCUUGUGAGCUGGACGAUAAUGAUCACUGUGGCGUGGACUCCUAUAAGGAGUGCUGCAGCUGCUGCUCCCUCGGUCUGCACUUCCGGAAGGAGGCUCUUCCCUGCGAGGCGCACCAGUACCUGGGCUUCCCCUGCAGCCACGUCUUCCUGACCUGCUGCGAGGGAGCGGAGACCGCAGGCUGGAGCACGCUGCGCCCCAGGCCACGACUGCUGCCUACCACACCGCCAAAGAGAGUGUCCGACAGCCCGUACCCCAAGGAGGCCUUCUCCAUCGGGGACGCCGAGGACACAGAGAACGCCGUGGAGGGCGCCGCCGAGGACCUGGACGAGUGUAAAGUGUACGAGGGGAAGCUGUGCCACCAGGUGUGCGUCAACACGCAGGGCUCCUACAGGUGUGCCUGCCUGCCCGGGCACACGCUGCAGCAGGACGGGCGCCACUGCGUGCCAGAGACAGACACAGAGACAGACACAGAGACAAAGACAGGGACAGAUGAGGAGAACAGGCUGAGAGAACACGAGACUCCUGCUGCAGAGACUACCACAGCUCCCCCACCGACCACCACGAGCUCUCCAACCACCGGCUACCACGACCCAUGUGCAGGAAAUGGCCCGUGUGCACAGAGAUGCACCCCAGUGGCAGGGUGGCCACAGUGUUCCUGUUUCCCAGGAUUCUCUCUGGCAGCGGAUGGCCACACAUGUGAAGAUAUAAAUGAGUGCAUGCUGAUGACCCAUAACUGUCAGCUGAAUGAGAGGUGCAGCAACACAGUUGGCCAUUACUUCUGUGAGAGGCUGAUCGUCUGCCCUGCAGGAUACCAAGAGAACAACGAUGCCUGUGAAGAUAUCGAUGAAUGCACACAGAGGACCCAGGACUGCAGGACGGGCUACGAGUGCCGCAACACGCCCGGCUCCUUCACCUGCCAGCUGCCCGUGGCGCGCUGCUCCGGUGGCUUCACCCAGGAUGUCAGUGGGCACUGUGUCGAUGUGGAUGAGUGCAGCAGUAUUGCCCAGCCCUGCAGCUCAGGGUUCAACUGCAUCAACACCGUGGGCUCAUACACCUGCCAGAGGAAGGUCCUCAUCUGUAGCCGUGGCUACCAUGCCAGCCCGGACGGAAACAGGUGCAUAGACGUGAAUGAGUGCCAGACUGGCGUCCACCGCUGCGGAGAUGGCCAGACCUGCCACAAUCUGCCCGGCACCUACCGCUGCGAGUGCCAGCCUGGCUACCAGUACGACAUGUUCCGGAAGACGUGUGUCGAUGUGAACGAGUGCUGGCGUUACCCAGGGAGACUGUGUGCUCAGACGUGUGAGAACACUCCCGGCUCCUAUCAGUGCUCCUGCACCGCCGGCUUCCGCCUAACCAGCGACGGCAAGAACUGCGAAGACAUUAACGAGUGCCUCAACAACCCCUGCGGUCAGGAGUGUGCCAACAUCUAUGGCUCCUACCAGUGCUACUGUCGCCAAGGCUACCACCUCAGUGACGACAGCCACUCCUGCGAAGACAUCGAUGAGUGUUCCCAGAGCAUGGGACACCUCUGCACCUUCAAGUGCGUCAACACUGAAGGCAGCUACCAGUGUGCCUGCCCUGAGUACGGCUACACCAUGUCUCCUAACGGACGAUCCUGUCUAGAUAUUGACGAGUGUACUACCGGCACUCACAACUGCUCACUGUCGGAGACCUGCUACAACAUCCAGGGAGAACACCGCUGUCUGUCUUUCAGCUGUCCAGACAACUACCGCCGCGUCUCAGACACACGCUGCGAGCGAAACAGCUGUCCUAACUUCGUCGAGUGCCAGAACGCUCCGCUGCGGAUCACCUACUACCAGCUGAGCUUCCAGACCAACACCAUCAUCCCGGCACAGAUCUUCCGCAUCGGGCCGUCGCCGGCCUACUCCGGCGACAACAUCAUCAUCAGCAUCCCCCGGGGCAACGAGGACAACUACUUCAGCACGCGCAAGCUCAACACCUACACGGGCGCCGUCUACCUGCAGCGCCAGGUGCACCAGGCCCGGGACUUCCUGAUCGACGUGGAAAUGAGGCUGUGGCGCCAGGGCACCUUCACCACCUUCAUCGCCAGGAUCUACGUCUUCAUCACGGCGCCCGCUCUGUAACCGCAGCCCUCUUCACUCCGACCCCACACCACCACGCCGUUGAACUUGAAGGCCACGCUCGGCUAACCGCAUUCAGAGUUCUGAUCCACUAUUCCUAUAAACUGAUUAUGGCUAUGAGAGGCUACUCACACUUAGCACAGCCUAGACCAGGAGUUAUCAAUCCUCCAAUCCUGGAAGCUACCACCCCCCCCCUCCC